CAUCGGCUAUUCUCGCUUGUCUUCGCGGACACUGUCCCUUUCACAAGGAAGUUUGAUACAGCAUUUCUGCCACCGCGUUGACGUCGACAUCUGCGCCACAUUACUCUGCAUUUGAUUUAAAUCAGUAUGCUUUCAUAUUGUCACAUUCGCUUCGGUAGGCAAAUGCAACUAGGCAGGUACGUCGAUGGUACCAUCGGAGCAGUCAUCAUCAGGCUGUGGCUUCAAAUAGCUCUGGCUGUUGUUACUACUAGAAUAGUCUGCAUCCUUCCGUUUCUACUUCCAAAUACCCUCAAUCAGUUCUGGAGGAAGUCACUUCAUGAGGCGAUGUCGCUGUGCCUUAUCUACCGAAACUGCGGAAAAAAAUCUUCAAAAGCUGACCCUUCCUGUUGCAUGAGGUCCUCAGACUUUAGCAUUUCGAUGCGUUAUUGCCUUGCGAUCAUCUUAUAAUAACCCUCGCAAUCUUCGCCAUUUGCAAAUUUGAUUGAGUUCUUGAGUUCGCAAGGGGGACAAUCAGUAUUUCUUUCAUGAUCACAG